GUGCCUUUCGCAUCAUUGCCAAACAGCAGCCAGCAACCGCAGAAGGAAGAAAAAGUACUUUGUGAAAAUUUUCUGGCUUGUCGGUGGUCAGCCAUCAGCUAUCAGUGCGUGUUCUAGUUAAAAAUAGUGCGUAAAGUUGGAAUCGAAUCGUGCUUGAAACGGUUUCAAAGUGAAAACUAAGUGGCCAGUUACCGGAAAGUUGAAUUUUUGACUCAGGAAGCACAUAAAAAAAUCGGUCGGAGUAAUAUGACGCGAGGUGGUAGGGGUUAUUCGAGGGGCGGUGGCUCCCGUGGGGGAAGUUCCUAUCGAGGAGGAGGCAGUUACCGGGGAUCGGACCACCACGGCAGAAGCAGCUAUAACGGAAGAGAUAACUCUCGAAAUCGGUACAGCGGUGGCGGUGGAGGAAGCUAUGGAGAUUCACGCUCGUCCCGGUAUGACAGCGAUCGGUAUUCCAGGCCGGAUAAUCGCCAGGGAGGUGGCGGUGGAGGUUACAAGCGAAAUGAUUCGUACAAGGAUUCAAGAGACCGUCGUUCUCCGGACCGCAAGAGGCCUCGUACGGAACAUUCAUCGCAGACGAAGAAGAGUAAUAGAACAGAUAGUAUGAACUAUUUUCACAAGCUUCCUCUUUGAGACCAAAACUGUACGAAACUAGAACGAAUAAUCUUUCAAAACUGAAAAGCAUUACCGAUUCGAACUGAAUCUAAGAACAAAAAAAGUCUGUAACAAGUUUGGUUGAAUCGAGAGAGAAGCAGGAAAUGCUUGAAAGAACCGGUUUGAGUUAGCCAAUUUCAUCUCCAUCCAGUAAUCGAACGAGCAAAAUCUGCAGUCUCUGAUUAACCCGAUCGAUGCGUGGAGAAUGAAAUAUCGGAUUGGGACAGAGAGCAAGCGAUUUGAAUGAAGAAAAACGGCAGCCUUUCUGUAGAUUUUCCCAGUGCGCCCGUCAUGUCAUGUAGAAGAACUUGAACGUAAAAGUACUAGCGAUUCAUAUAUUUCUCGAGUGGAAAAUCCGAACAUUACUCAAUGGACUGUGACCGUCGCCAGCCGCGUACCGGCAGCCUAGUCCGGAAUCUACUACGACCAAGCGAUUGAAUGCGAUUUUGAGAGUGAGCGAUCAGUUUUGUAUUAGCCACGUGACGCGAAUAGCAUCUCUUCGAGUCAGAUCUCGGCGUGUAAAUCACACCAAUCUUCGUGUGUUGCUGUUACAAAAAAGAGACAGUUCCAAUCCAUAACAGGAUCAGGAUGAGUGUGCGAAGCUGGAAUGAGCCAUACCUUGUUAUAUCUAGUUUGUGUUUGUCCACCUUUGCCGCGAUGGCGUUUGUAGCAAGUGCGGAAACCAAGUAGGAAAAGACGUAAAUGAUACAACCUUCGAGAUGUGUAACGAUUGGGAGAUUACUUCAACGAUGAGCUUCUUGGGAUCUUGCGUGGAGCCGGAUCCGAAUCGAUAUAUUAUGUUAUGUAAUUUUUUCCUUAAGCCAGCGCCUAGAAGCUGACCGCUUUCCAGAGGAAUCCUGCACUGCGAAGCAGAUAGGCUUCUGACGGCAGCGGCCAGGAUGUCUCCUCAUCUAUUUAUGUUUCCUAUUUGUCCUACCAACACUUGACUCAUCGCGUGGCUACUGAAAUUACCCACAGUACAAGACACAGAAUGCGGGGGACGACCAGGAAGUGUGGUCAGAAUGUUUCUUAUCUUUAGCCAAAAAUAGAGAAUAACCUACUAAAAGCUCACAUUAUAGCACCAAACCACCAACAAUAAAUCCAAAAUAUAAACAUCCAAUACAAUCUUACUCAUAACUAAUUUCUCAACCUCAAUCUUCAUCAACUUCGAUAUCUUUCCUGCGCCUGUAUGUAUGCCUGAUUCACACACACAAAUUCACAUGCAAUUCGAAUCAUGCGCGCAAAUGUGUUGUUCCUGGUGUCGCGGAAUGGCCAAACACGAAAUGAUCUUCGGUCGGCGACAUCAUUGAUUGGAUGUGACAGGGCGGAGGUCGCCGAGAUUAUGGUGGAAGCAGUGGAGCCGGAGAUUAUCACCGUAGGGAUGGUAGUGGUGCUCGCGGAGGCUCUUCCAGUCGUUACCAUGAUGGUGGUAGCUCAUCCUACGAUAAACGUGGCAAUGAUCAUCAUUCCUCGUCGGUUGGUAGCAGUGGUGGAGGCGGCGGCGGUGGAGCUAGCCGUGAUCGAAUGGAUAAUCGCAGUAGCAGCCGGGGACGCGGAGAUAGAUCCCGGGAACCGAUGGGACCACCAAGGUCGGUUGCUCCUCGUAACAACACAAAUCGGGGACCACCGAUCCGCACUUCGAUGGGUUCGCGUGGGUCGGCACCGAUGUCGACGCUGCGCCGGGGUUCGACACGAGGUAGGCUUACGAGUCGUUUCAGGAACGAUGGGCGCCGCGGGAUGAUCACAAGUCGUAUGGGAAGCAGACGGGACGUGAGACCAAUACCGCCCAGAAGAAACUUCCCGUCAAUUCGAGGCAGACGGGACGGCAUCGGACGCAUCACCAAACGAACGAUUAUGGAGUCAUCCAGGGUGUCCAGGAAGGCUCUGAUCAAGCGCGCUCUGGCUGCUGCUAAGGAGCUGGAUGACGAUCAAACCACCGAAAACGAAGGCGACGACGACGAUGAAGUCGAUGAGGAGAAGGAAGUUUUGGAGGGUGAUGAUGAGGAGGUCCAUGACGAGACCAGGGAUGACGAAGAGGAAGAGGAAGACGAUGGGGAUAAAACCGUUAAGGACGAGGACGAAGAAGAAGAAGACGUCGAAGAGGGAGACAAGACCGAAGACCACGAAGACAAGGAAGGUGAUGACAAGGCCGAUGAUACCAAAGAGGGAGAAGAUGGCGAAGGCGAUGAAAAGAAGGAAGCUCCCUCCACUCCUAAAAAGAGCGUCAAGAAGGUGGCUGCCAAACCGAAAGGUACCCCAGGAAGUGAAAAAUCCACCGACAAAGAUGGAGAAAGGAAGAAGUCCGACACAAGGAUCAACACCAAGUACACCAAAUCGUUCAUCAAGUUGAACUGCGUUCAGUGUCACACCAAGUGCAUCACAUUCAAGGAAUACCAAAAUCACUUGUUCCGUGGAUUGCAUCGCACUGCAAUGCGCCGCGUCGCGAACAAGACACGCGAAAAGCUGAUGGAAAUGCGUCAGGCCCAACGGGCAGCCCAAAAGGAAGAGGACGAAAAAGUCGAUGAGAACAGCGAGCAGAAGUCGUCCUACUGUUUGCUGUGCCAGUUGAACUUCCGGCAGCCGAAAUCCGUCCACCAGAAAUCGGACGGCCACAAAGAGAUGAAACGGUUCCUAAUGCCGUACUGUGCCACCUGCAAGAUCCACUUCAAGAGCCCCAUGGCCUACGAAGCUCAUCGGGCCUCGUUGGAACAUCUCAAGUUCAAAGCCCGCGUCGAACGGUAUGCCAAGGAUGACGGCGAAGAUGGUGCCGAAAUCGAUCUGGAGAACUUUACCACUGUCGAUGAGGUUGGCAACGUCGACGAACCUACCGAUACCAGUAAGGAAACCCUUUCCACUCCGAAGAAGGGAGAAUCCGUUGGAAGGCCAGGAUCGGACGAUGAGGACGACAGCGAUGACGAAACCGUUAUCGGCCGCGAACACGUCAAGAAGGUUGAAGUGCAGUACUGCGACCUGUGCAAUAUGUAUCUGCCCCGAAGAGAUGAUCCGGAACAAAUGGUGGCGAUGCACUGCAAGACCCGAUCACAUCUCAAGCUGUACAUCCACGAGCGAGAGGACAAGAAACUCCGGGAACGGGCUGAACGGAUCCACAAGAAGAAACUCAGCGAUGCGAAGGCCAAGAAAAAUGCCAAGAAAGAGAAAGAUGCCAGCAUAUCCGAGGCUGACGCCAGUGAGAAGCAGGAUUCCGCCGAGAAGAAAACCGGCGAGGAAGGAGAGGGCAAGGAAACCACCACGGACGAUCAGAUGUGGGAAGUGGUCGACAACGACAUUGGCGAUUUGCUGCGCGAAGUCGGAGGCCCAGGUGAAGACGGUGAAGAGGAAGAAGACGACGAAAAAGCCAGCUCGGAACGGUACGAUAAAUUCAAACACACCGAGAAGAACGGACUGGACCAGAGUAACAUUCAUGACAGCACCGGCGAAGAGGAAGCCGCGGACAAGAAAACCGGAUCGAAGAAGGCCUCCAACGGUGAUGUCAACGGAGCCGAAAAGGAAGUCAAGGCUGAAGCCUAAAUCGGACGCAAGUUUUUGAUCGUGUAAUUGUGGACACAACAUUUCGCUGUAAGUCAUCAAGGUAGUAUAAGUGUAUACCUUAUCUCAGUUUUAAAUUUUCAACCUUCCUUUUUAUCGAACAGGAUAAGAAUAUUGAACUAUUAAAUAUUAAAAAAAAAAACAACAAACUUAAUCGUAUAAUGAUAACGCUAUAAGCUACCGUAACUAGAACCUCACAUUGAAAUAAAGGAAGAAAAAUA